CCAAGUGCCUUAUAUUCAAAAUAUAACUAUAUAUCAUGAAGCCAGAAAGGUUUGUACACGGUUGCGAAUUACUUGCCAAACAAGAAUCCUCAAGUUUGGAACAUAUAUAUUAGAGGAAGCAAGGAUUAUUGAAAACUCCUACAAGUACUGAAGCUGCUCUUGUGAGUUAAAAGGUACAAGAGCUGCUGCAGUAUGCAGUGAAAGAUACUUUGAGCAUCAAUACGCAGUGAUUUUGAAGCUGCAACUUCCCAUUGUUCAAAAGUUUCGAACUGAAUUGGUGUCAUUCCCGCAAAGCGAACAAAAGAGGUUACAGAAGACUUGAUAUAAAGUUUUACUUCCACAAGAGAGCCAUCCACACUUGCAGAAAUGAAAUCACAGGCUGGUAGUAAUCCCCAAGAGGACUACAAAUUGAAGGACACGAAACCCCAGCUUGGGGAACGAUGGCCACAUGGAGGAGUGCGCGGUGGAGGAGGGUGGAUUAGCAGUGAAAGAGCUACAAGCACUUAUGACCUUGUUGAGCAGAUGUUCUAUCUCUAUGUUAGAGUUGUUAAAGCAAAAGAUCUGCCAACAAACCCUGUAACAGGAAGUUGUGACCCUUACAUAGAAGUGAAGCUUGGAAAUUACAAGGGCAAAACACAGCACUUUGAGAAAAAAACAAACCCCGAAUGGAAGCAGGUGUUUGCAUUCUCAAAAGACAAGAUUCAGUCUUCCAUACUUGAAGUUUAUGUCAGAGAGAAAGACAUGGUAGCAAGAGAUGACUAUGUAGGAAAAGUGGUGUUUGACAUGAAUGAAGUGCCAACUAGAGUUCCGCCGGAUAGUCCUUUGGCGCCUCAGUGGUAUAGAUUAGAACACCGCAGAAGCGAUACCUAUAAGGUCAGAGGAGAGGUUAUGCUUGCAGUUUGGAUGGGCACACAGGCUGAUGAAGCUUUCCCAGAAGCUUGGCACUCGGAUGCUGCUUCAGUUCAUGGAGAAGGAGUUUUUAGCAUUCGUUCCAAAGUUUACGUUUCACCAAAACUCUGGUAUCUCAGAGUCAAUGUAAUUGAAGCUCAAGAUGUGGAACCACAUGACAAAAGCCAACCACCACAAGCUUUUGUGAAGGCUCAUGUUGGGAACCAGACACUCAAGACAAAGGUAUGUCCGACCAAAACUCCUAAUCCAAUGUGGAAUGAAGACUUGCUCUUCGUAGCAGCAGAGCCUUUUGAAGAACUGCUUGUGCUUACAAUUGAAAACAAAGUCAGCUCAAAAGAAGAACAAGUGGGGAAAAUAAGCUUGCCACUGACCAUGUUCGAAAGGCGCUUGGAUCACAGGCCAGUACAUUCUCGCUGGUUCACCCUCGAAAAAUUUGGUUUCGGUGCAUUGGAGGGAGACAAAAGGCAUGAGCUCAAAUUUUCAACCAGAGUCCAUCUAAGAGUCUGUCUUGAGGGUGCUUACCAUGUUCUGGAUGAAUCGACCUUAUACAUAAGUGAUGUGAGGCCUACUGCUAGGCAGCUAUGGAAACAACCAAUUGGGAUUCUUGAAGUGGGGAUCUUAAGUGCUCAAGGGAUUCUUCCGAUGAAGACCAAGGAUGGUAAAUCAACAACUGAUGCUUACUGUGUAGCUAAGUAUGGGCAGAAAUGGGUGAGGACCAGAACAAUCAUCGAAAGCUCCAGUCCGAAAUGGAAUGAGCAAUACACAUGGGAGGUCUAUGACCCUUGCACUGUGAUCACACUAGGAGUUUUCGACAACUGUCAUCUGGGUGGAAAUGAGAAACCAACUUCCGGCAGCGGAGCAAAAAAUGACUCGAGAAUUGGCAAGGUAAGAAUCAGGCUAUCAACUCUUGAAAUGGAUAGGAUUUACACCAACUCUUAUCCACUUCUUGUUCUUCACCCAUCUGGAUUGAAGAAGAUGGGGGAGCUGCAACUAGCAGUGAGGUUUACCUGUCUCUCAUUAGCAAAUAUAAUCUACCUCUAUGGUCAUCCCUUGCUUCCCAAAAUGCAUUACCUGCAUCCAUUCACUGUAAACCAGUUAGAUAGUCUGAGGUAUCAGGCAAUGAACAUUGUAGCUGUAAGACUUGGCAGAGCUGAGCCACCACUAAGAAAAGAGGUGGUGGAGUACAUGCUUGAUGUAGAUUCCCACAUGUGGAGCAUGAGAAGAAGCAAAGCCAACUUCUUCAGAAUUGUUUCACUCUUCUCUGGCCUAAUCUCCAUGAGCAGGUGGCUUGGCGAAGUACGUCACUGGAAAAAUCCAAUCACUACAGUUCUAGUUCAUGUUCUGUUUUUCCUACUGAUCUGCUACCCAGAACUGAUCCUCCCUACGAUCUUCCUGUACAUGUUUCUCAUCGGAAUAUGGAAUUUCCGUUUCCGGCCACGAGUUCCACCCAGUAUGGAUACUAAGCUUUCAUGGGCAGAAGCUGUUCACCCGGAUGAAAUGGAUGAAGAGUUCGACACCUUCCCCACAUCGAAGGCCCAAGACGUGGUGCGAAUGAGAUAUGAUAGACUACGAAGUGUAGCGGGAAGAAUUCAAACGGUGGUUGGAGACAUAGCAACUCAGGGGGAGAGAUUCCAGGCAGUGCUCAGUUGGAGAGACCCAAGAGCAAGCAGCCUGUUCGUAUUUCUGUGCCUUAUUAUUGCUGUGGUGCUCUAUGUGACACCCUUCAAGAUGCUUGCACUGAUUUCAGGCAUAGUCUGGCUACGCCACCCAAGAUUCCGAAGCAAGCUACCUUCAGCGCCCAGCAAUUUCUUCAGAAGACUGCCAUCUCGAGCUGAUAGCAUGCUCUGAGGAUCAUGGUUGUCCGUUCAAGCACCAAGGAUUUCAUGUAUUGUUUACCUUCUGAUUUGCAUUCGGUUAAAAAUUAGAUUUCGAACAAAAAUAAUC